AUGGCCACACCGGGUACGGCGACGACAACAGUAACACCUCUCACCUGUCCUUUUCGUACAGCGAACUAUAUCACGCACAGCCUUCCCCAACAAUGCUUGACAUCCUCUCGCAAAACGAAUAUCACAUCAACUCCGACUGAAGUUAGUAUCGGUUUGAGCGUGGACCGUUCCUCGGACACUCUUUUUUCCAGCGAGAUCCCCAAAAAUGCUUCUGCGGGUUCAACCACACCCGCAGAAACUGCAUCCUUGGACUUGAGUUCAAAACCAGCAGAUACUACCCCCAUUACUUCUCAGCCAGAUCAAACGGUUUCGAGUCCUUCCACGUCCGACGCAACUAGUUCCGCAUCGGAGGCUGUUUCGGAUGAGCCCGAUGAAGACUCUCCUCUUGAGGAUGCGAAAUUUCUCUCAUUUGAGGAUUGGAAAAGGGAGAAUUUAAAAAAGGCAGGACAAUCCGAACAUGUGGGAAAAGGGCCUGGACUUGAACAACGAGAACCCCGGAAACGACCGACAUACGUUCAAGAUUCGCUCGACUCUCUUGGCGACGAUGCCGAAAUCGAUUUUGAUUUCUCAGGAUUCGUCUCGGAUGGCCUAGAGUCCUCUAAUCAUGGUCAGCCACGAAUUGGUCAGACCAUUCGCGACAGUUCUGCCUCCGUUGAAGCAGGACGUUCGCCCCGAGCUGGCGUCAGAAGCAAAGAUGCAGGUACGACCUGCAAAGAAAGAUUCAAUUAUGCAUCCUUUGAUUGUGCAGCCAAUGUCCUGAAAACAAACCCGGAGGCGAAGAGUGCCUCCGCCGUCUUGGGAAAUAACAAAGAUACUUAUAUGCUGAACGAAUGCUCUGCUCCGAACAAGUUCCUCAUUCUGGAACUAUGCGACGACAUUUCUAUCGAUACCAUUGUCGUGGCAAAUUUCGAAUUUUUCAGCUCGACCUUUCGAACCUUUCGAGUGAGCGUGUCGGACAAGUAUCCGGUUAAAAUCGACAAAUGGAAGACUUUGGGAACUUUUGAAGCUCGCAAUACGCGUGAAGUCCAGGCAUUCCUUGUCGAAAAUCCUGUCAUUUGGGCACGAUACUUGCGAAUUGAAUUUCUGACUCAUUACGGAAAUGAGUACUAUUGUCCAGUCAGUCUUGUUCGAGUGCAUGGGACAACCAUGUUGGAAGAGUACAAACAUGACCUUGAAUCGUUACAAAUGGAAGAUGAUGAAGAGAUUGAGAUGCAAGAAGGUGAUGAAUCUGCUGGCGUGGACGAACUUGUCCCUGAAGCAGUGGCAGAGCCCUUGUUGAGAAGCACUGGCACAGAUGAAGCUGAGACCUCGACCCCGACCGCCGAAACCGUCGCCGUGAUUUCCACCGGACAAUCGCAAAGUCCACUCGAAUGCACGAAUGCUACUCAAUCGACCUCCGUUGAAGCCGUCGCAAACCCGAUACCGACUUCUCCAACCAAUUUUUCAGUUAUGUUCAACAAUUCAAGCAUGCACUAUGAAAAUCUUCAGAUGUGUGAGAUUAUUGCAAAUUCUACAAAGGCGAAAUCCGAAGUGGCUGAGCAGUCAAUCAUUCAAAGCUCGACGACAGGAACAACAAUAGCCACAGGUAGCCUUGCUAAUACCAACAGCACAGAUUCUAUCAAACCCUCAACAUCCGGAUCUUCAACGGGCAAUGCAACUGCAACGAAUGCGGACUCGCAAAAGGCCACGUCGAGGUCUGAAGCGGCUGACAAUUCCACGAGUCGAAUCUCCACCUCUCCGACUAUUGGCAACAGCACAAAAGCGACGGCAUAUUCAACACAGGCACCCCCUGCGGCACCGACGAUGCAGGAAUCAUUCUUCAAAUCGGUUCAGAAACGGCUGCAAAUGCUCGAGGCAAAUUCCUCCCUUUCUCUUCAGUACAUUGAAGAACAAUCUCGAGCCCUUCGAGAUGCUUUUCAAAAGGUUGAGCAAAAACAGCUGGCCAAAACUACUGCCUUUCUCGAGUAUCUCAACACCACCGUCUUGAAUGAGUUGCGAGACUUCCGACAACAGUACGAUCAGCUUUGGCAAUCUACUGUUAUCGAACUUGAAUUGCAACGAGAGCGUUACCAACAAGAAAACCUUGCCAUCAAUGCCCGACUUGGUGUUCUUGCCGAUGAAGUGAUUUUUCAAAAGCGAAUGUCGAUUCUGCAGAUGAUUCUGAUACUCAUUUGCUUGGGAUUGGUUCUCUUCUCUAGAGGAUCCUUGAAUAGUUACUUGGAAAUGCCAUUGGUUCAGAGCGUGUUGGCCAGGUCUCCUAGCUCGAAAUGGCUUAACCUUUCCAGUCUUGAUACGCCUUCCCAAAGCCCUCCUGUGACGAGAUCGAAUUCGACGGGAGGUGUUCUCAAACGUCACGGAAUCUUCAAGGGACAUCGUUGUACGACUUCAGAAGAUUCGGCUGAGGAUGCCAUGAGUCCAACAGAUUUAUACACACCUCCAACACCAGUCAGCUUCGAUGAUCCUUCUGACGGGGGAUGA